CAAAUGAUCGGUCCACGCUCGCUUCGUGUCAGCGCCGCCAAAAACAUGUUGAAACUUGCAACCAUUUUUCACCGAUAUAACACGUCGGUUUCAAUUAACAGACCCAGAUCAGUAUCAGAAAUCACAAUAAUGGCAUCUGCACACGAGCCCGGAAACCCUCCACCCUGGUACGCUGCGUUCCCAGCGCCAAGGGAAUCACAGCCCGGCGGCGUGACGCGAGAGGAGCUGUUGAAGAUGCUGAAGGGAUGUGACAAAUUCGCCGACCGCGACUUUAUUCUAGUCGAUUUGCGCCGCAAUGACCAUGAGGGCGGUACAAUUCGUGGAUCUAUCAACCUGCCCGCACAAAGCCUGUACCCAACCAUACCAACUAUUUACGAUAUGUUCAAGGCUGCAGGGUUUCGCAAGGUCAUCUGGUAUUGUUCUUCUUCACGUGGACGUGGCCCACGAGCCGCCGGUUGGUUCAGUGACUACAUUGUCGAUUCUGGAGACGAAGUUAUGGAGAGUCUCAUAUUGGUCGGAGGAAUCAAGGGCUGGGCUAUAGCGGGUGGCGAAUUUUUGGAGUGGAUGGAUGGAUAUGACACAGCUGCCUGGUCUAACAAAUAGGAACUGAAAUGAGUCCCAGGGGCAGAUAAGGGUUCUAGAUAGUGUAAAUUAUUAUGAGAUUCACUCUUGAGUUUAGGAAUAUGCC